AUGAGGUCUACGGAACAACAGCAUCCCAUCGACAUGCCCGACCACAACAAGUAUGUUAAACCAAUACUCGCUGGGAGCAGAAGAGAUCAGGAUGUCCUUCAAUCACCGCCAUAUCCGAUACACGGUCAAUACAUUGAAGGACGGUUAGCAGGUGCUAUGCAUAAUAAUGAACGCAGCAUCAUACGUCGGCCGACAACAGAAGACUAUCUCCGGUUAGACCACCCACUACCCGCGCCACCACCCGAGUAUGAUUCUGAUCAAGACCUUCCUGUCAUCGAGCCGGAUUCCUAUCUCCCUGAAAACUUUCACAACGAACACGAACCGCAGCAAGUCGAUACCCAGUUUCAAAAAUCAUGUCUGACCGUUCCGGAACGACACUCCGCAGCUGCCAAUGCUCUGACCCACCCUAAAUCCGCAAUUAAGCCAAAUUACAAACAUUCACAACCCGACAUCAUCUCCAAUUCGCACGUGCCUGUUCUUGCAUACGAGCCAACUAUGCCUGAACACUACGGCACACCUGAACGUGUGCCAACCAUCAGUGUUGACAUGUACCAGCCAGCUCUCGGCGGCUUGCAGAUGGUCUCAGGUAUGCAACGCAGUGAUUCGAAGCGAGAUCGCGUCAGGCACUGGAUGAAAGUUCACAACCCCUUUCGUCGGGGCCGAGAGUUUGGGCGCCAGCAGAAAGACCAAUGA